UUGUUACUCGGCUGCAUUCUUCAAACAAGCCCACGCUAUACAGAACGUAUUCGUGGUAAAUUGCCAAAUGGUCGUUUUCGUCCCUUAGCAAUUAUGUUGGCCAAGCUACUCAGCUUCCUCUCCUUAGCAAAAGGUGUCGGCUCCUCGGGCUCUGAAUCUAUUAAGCGAAUAAUACAUAUACUGGAGGCACAGGACCAACUGCAACCUCAAAAGCAAAUGGCUCUCUCGAUCUCUAAUUCAACCACCAUUGGAUCUGUUAUCACCCCUUCCAUUACUACUGCUAUUCCGAGAACUGGGUCUCUGCGGCCUUCUCUUUCAGCCAGCCAAACCGAACCUACUCCUAACGGAGCUCGUCCUGCGACCAACUUUACUCCUGAGACCACUGGAUUGUCCUAUUCUUCAUCUGCUGGUAGGAUAACACGGACUUCUAUCAUAGGACUACACUCUAAUCAAUCCUUGUCCUCGUCGUCAGCUUCAACGACAGUUACGAUUUCAAAUUCAGUAACCGAUCCCAAAACUGAUGGGGUUUCUGCCUUAUCAAGCUCUAGUUCUGGUACUCUGGCUGGCCGUUCGUCAAGACGAUGUUAG